AGUAUCUAUGGAUAAUUUUUUUUCAUAAUCACAUAAUGUUUGAAAUGUUUGAAAGAACAAAAUAAUUAUUAUUGAUUUAAACUAAUUAGUCUGAAAAUUAAUUGUAAAAUUGUUUCAAGUGUGAUUCGGGUCGCAUGUCUGUGUACCUCAUUCGACGUGGAGUGAUUACUUGAAUAUUUCUUUCGAUGUGGUGUUCUAUAAAUGUAUUUUGGUGGUAUUCAGGAAUUUGACGAACUUAAAUAAUUGUUUCAAUUAUUGGUUGUAGUUGGUAAUACAAAUUCGUUUUAUAAUUACAUUUAAAGAAAACAGUGAAAUAUUUUUCAUCAAUUGGACGUUUCGAUUUAUCCAUUUCCAAAUUCCAGUGUAUUAAUUUAGAAUACAGCCAAGUUUUACCUCGAUGUCGGAAUCGUUAUGUCUCAUACUACUAAAAAAUGGGAGGUUUUCCCUGGCAGGAAUAAAUUCUGCCUUGAUGGGCGUAUCAUUAUGGGUCCAGAUGUCACGGUGUUUUACAUCAACGUAUUUUUGAUCGUGGGUACUACACUUCUGUUUUUAAUUUUUGAUUGUCCGUAUUUAACUAAAGAAAUAGGCAUUUAUAUUCCAAUCAUCACGGUGAUAUUUUUCGUAUUUGUCAUGUCAACGCUCCUUCGAACCAGUUUUACUGAUCCUGGAAUAAUACCCAGAGCUACUGCUGACGAAGCUAUGUACAUAGAAAAACAGAUAAAGAUUGCCUCUUGCGGUGAGAUGACUGCCGAACGGCCUCCGCCCCGAACCAAGGAAGUUAUAAUCAAGGGUCAAAGUGUAAAACUGAAGUACUGUUUCACCUGUAAAAUUUUCAGACCUCCGAGAGCCUCCCAUUGCAGUCUCUGUGAUAAUUGCGUGGAUCACUUUGAUCAUCAUUGCCCUUGGGUCGGCAAUUGCGUUGGCCGAAGAAAUUACCGCUAUUUUUAUUUAUUUACCGUUACGUUAUCAUUUUAUAUUGCAUUUGUUUUCAUUUGUACCUGUACUCAUCUGUAUCUCUUAAGUGAAAAAAAAAUGAUGGUCGAAGCAAUCGCUGAUUCUCCAGCCAGCGUUGUUGUUAUUUUGAUUACAUUUUUUAGUUGUUGGAGUGUUUUUGGGUUAGCCGGAUUUCAUACGUAUUUGGCCGCUUCUAAUCAAACAACUAACGAAGAUAUCAAAGGCUCUUUUUCUAACAAACGAGGAGGUUCCAGCCGUAAUCCAUAUAGUUUUGGUAAUGGUUGUUUGAAUUGCUGUUACGUGUUGUGUGGGCCAUUUCCUUCGAGUUUAAUCGAUAGCGAAGGUUUUGUCAUGCCAGAUUUUGUUAAUAAAAGCAUAAUUCACGAAAGACAGCCAAACAAGUUUACAAAUACUACUUACACGCCAGCGAACGUCAACGGAUUACCUUUUCAAAUAAACGGUGUGAAAUCGCAUCCAAACAUUAAUCAAAAUGAUACGAAGCCACAUUCUUCUGUGAUAUCCAACCAGCAGCUUGGCAACAGUUCCGUUCAAAAAUCAUCACCUCCUUUAUCAUACGGUGUGAACGAGAAGAGUACGUCAAUUAAAAGUAGAUCUAUUGAAAGCGAUAUCAACAGAACUGAACACGUUCGGCUGCAAAACAUCAACGAGACUGCUAUCGAUGUAUCGAAAAUUGAUUUAGAUUUGGACGACGUUGAAGCGUUGAGUAGCGAUAAAAAUGCGCUUUCAUUGGUGCCGCUGAGUGCGAGUAAAUUACAGUUACUUUACGAUACAACAAUGAUCGAAUCGGCGCUCGAUCUUGAUUCAUUAGAAGAAUCUACUUCAUCAAUAGGCGCUAGUAGUCAUGUUGGUUUGAUCAAAGGCAAACCUACGCUUUAAGUAAUUUUGGAUUAUAAUAAUUAUAUAAUAAUGCAUCACGUCAACACCGACUGAAGAAAACGCAUAUACGUCAGAGCUUUUCAGUUUUAUUUGAAAUGCUUUCUUUAAAAAAAAAAAAAAAAAAAAAACGUUUACCUACUUUCAUUAAUUUUUUGUUGCUUCUUAUUAAGCUCGCUUUUUUGAACUUGAUUAAAUCGAAGUAUUACAAGUUUGGCCCAUUGAAUAUCUUCUCGCACUGUGUACAAUUUACCCAAUUUUAUUUAAAACAUUUGAAAAAUUCGUAACGUUUUCGUGGGGCUGAAUUUUAUAUCGAAUAUCAAUUUUGAAUGUGAACUGUAAAUUGAAUCUGAUGCAUAUUAUAAGUUCAUCGUUAGAGCGCACUCUCAUUUUAGCAAUGAGGCAAGAUGGUUUGUUUUCACUGUAUACGUAUUGUAAACGUCACCAGAUUCGUGCAUUUUAACAUCGUAAUUUUCCGUAACGCUUUUCCUUAAUACAUACAUAUGUACCUACCUAUUUAUGUAUUUGUGAUUUAUACGAAUAUUUGAAGAGAGCUUAGCCAUUGACUCAUUUACAUUCUGGUGCACCGUCGUCGUUCGAGAUCUCAUCAAGAUUCUUUACUGCCAUUAACUAUUCGUUUUAUUUAUUUAUACUACGUACGUGUAUAUUUUUAAAAAUGAAACGUGAAUUUACUUGUUAGCCUAAAUGGUGUUUUCGGUUGGGCUGAAGAUUGUAGAAUAUCGAUUUCUGUUAAUUUUAUGAAACCGCAACCCAGUUCGUACUGUUGAUAUUUUUAAUUCGUUUUAUAAAAAGAAAUGAGUGAUGUUACCUGGAUAUCGUUUUAACUUUUGUUUUUUGUUGGGUAAUAAAUAAUGAUAAUAAAACUUGAUCAUAAGCACGAAA